AUGACAAGGCAAGUAAGCAAGAUGGAAUCUAAGACUAAGACUAGAGUCAUGGCUGAGACCAAGGCAACCCCCCUGACAGAACCUAGUGUAGUGUCCCAAACCAAGUCAAAGGCCAUGUCUAUGUCCAGGCUCAGUGCUGUGACCAAUUAUAAAGUGAAGGCUGGUGCUGGAAGUGAAGCCAACAUUGGUUCCAAAGACAUAAUUGGGUCCAGGUCCCAGAGAAGGAGCGAGGCCAGCAUCAAGUUGAAGGUUGGGGACAGAGCUGGUACUGUAAUUCAGUUCGGUGAUGAGGAUGAGGAAAAUGCCUGUUCUUGGUUUUGGACUGGAGAAGAGCCUAGUGUAGGAUCCUGGUUCUGGCCUAAAGAAGACAACCCAUUUCAAGUGUAUAAGCCUCCAGCUAAGAUCCAGGAAAAGCCUAAGCCUACACCCAAACCUGAACUUACUAUAAAGCAAAAAGCAAAAGCAUGGUCAAGGGCCAGGUUUUCUGUCCUAGUUCCGGUAGAUGGAGGGGAGCAAUCCUUACCUCCAGGAGGGAAUUGGACUCUGGUUGAUACCUUGAUUGAAACUCCUCUAGGGAUUCGACCUCUGACCAAAAUCCCACCCUGUGAUGGGCCUUACUUUCAGACCUUAGCUGAGCUCAAAAAGCAGGUUAAAUAUAGGGAAAAGUAUAGGCCCAAUCCAAAAACCUGUCGCUGCAAAUCACAUGUUUUUAGUUUAGAACCUAAAGAGUUUGAUAAACUUGUUGCCCUACUUAAGUUAACUAGGGAUCCUUUCAUUCAUGAAAUAGCUACAAUGAUAAUGGGUGUCAGUCCUGCUUAUCCAUUUACCCAAGAUAUAAUUCAUGAUGUAGGUAUUACUGUUAUGAUUGAAAACUUGGUCAAUAAUCCCAAUAUUAAAGAACACCCUAGAACUUUAAAUAUGGUGGAUGACAACUCUGAGUUUUCUGGAGAACCACAAAUAGGAGAGUUGUACAUAAAUCAAAUUUGUAAGGACAUAAUCUUUUAUCCUUUGAACUCCCCUGUGCAACUGUCUGGACUAAAAUUAUUAGUGCAGCUGAGUGUAAACUUUGAGUACCACCGUAUAAUUGUCAAUUACAUUCCAGAUUUCCUCACUUUGUUAAACAAGGGAAGUGUCAAAACCAAGUUUUAUGUUUUAAAAGUGUGUUUGCACUUGUCUAAAAAUCAAGCCAAUACAAGAGAACUAAUCAGUGCCAAAGUAUUGUCAUCAUUGGUUGUGCCCUUUAACAAAAAUGAGUCAAAGGCCAAUAUUCUUAAUGUCAUUGAAAUAUUUGAGAAUAUAAAUUUCCAAUUUAAAAAGAAGGUGAAGCUAUUUAGCAAGGAAGAGUUCACAAAAUAUGAACUUAUUUCCAUAUUUCAGGGAGCAAAAGAGUUUGGUCAGAAACUACAAGACUUAGCAGGGCACAGUGAUCCUGAGGAGACUUGCCUGGGAAAUUCCAUGGACAGAGGAGCCUGGCAGGCUACAGUCCACGGGUUCGCAAAGAGUCAGACAGCUGAGCAACUGAACGUGCAUGCAAGCAUCUUGAUGACUCUCAAAUUUCUAUCUCUAAUCUGGAACUCGUUUAAAAGUCCCACACAUAUAUCCAAUUGCCUAUUUUUCAUCUCCAUGUAUAUGUAUAAAAGGCAUCUAAAACUUAACAUGCCCUAA